AUGGAGAACGCCGGUGACUCGCCCGACGAAUCUGUGGAUCCAACAUCUGAAUUAUUCGACCCCCUUAAAGCUCUGUACUCGGACAAAACCAAAGUACCUGUAAAAAAAGCUCCUGUUUAUGAUAAUAUUACUAAAUUUGAAUCUGUGUUGAAGGGGAUUGCUCCGACUUGGAUAGGCGACGGUAGAAAAAAAGGAAACAGAGGUUCAGCUGCGGUAAAAAAAGUGAAAGAGGAGGAAGAAGAAAAGGAAUACGAUGCUUUCAAGAGUGGCAGAAACGUUUUAUCACGUAUGGCAAAUACGAUUGGGCCUCUACAACUUAUUUACACGUGUAUGGAGACAAAGUCACGAAUCUACACAAGAAGCGCGAGGGGUAUCAGAGGAUUCAUCGAAGCUUAUGUCGCGGCUUUUGAUAAACAUUGGAACUUAGCUCUCGAAGAUUGUUACGAAACUUGGACACGGAAAGUCAAAAGAAAAGCACCAAUUUUAGGUAUCCCGUCAGUAAAAUCGGAAGAAGUUAACGAGAACGUGCCAAAGAUGAUAGUGAAGACGUCUAACGGAAAGACAGAGACCUUGGAGAGACACGUGCCGCAGAUGAUGCUACGGGGAGAGCAAGUUGUCAUGAUCGUAAAAAUUAAUUGA